UCCGUUCUGUCGUGCCCCAUUAUUAUAUUAAUAAUUGGUAGGUGAUAAUCAUAUCAAUUAAAAAUGGAUCCAGCUGUCUUCCCGGAGGAGAUAUGGAUCAAAAUAUUGCUCUACUGCGAUGUACCUGAUAUUAUAGCCUUCGGUAGUACUUGCAAAUAUCUGAGGAAAACAUCGGACACCGAUUAUCUCUGGAAAAUGAAAUGGCUCCAGUUGAUAUCAAAAGUCCAAUUCCGCUUCCCAGACAUAAAGUGUCUCCAACUGUUGAGUGUCAGCUUCAAAUCCAUGUGUUAUCGUCUUCACAUGGUGAUAACUCUCGGCGAAAACCCACCAUUCCCAAAAUGCUACCACUGCAGUGGCUAUACCUGUCAACGCAACUGUGUGGAGGGAUCCAGUGCAAAAGUUGUGAUAGAAAUUGGCAACAAAUAUACCUGGGUAAUAACCCCUCAUUUUGGUCUACGAAGGCACUUUUCUCUCUUCGGCAUUCCCAAGUGCGACAGCAAAACCCACACAACGUAUCAGGGCCCUGUUGACAAAGCCCCGAGUGGCAGUGGAACGAGUCGAGUCAAGUCUGAUUACAAAUCAAUAGCUAAGAAAUUGAAAUCCCUGAAAUUAUCGGAAUUGACAACGACGAAGGGGCCUUGUACAUAUAAACCGAGUGGUCCAUUCUGUGUUUUUUGUAAUUCUGUGAAGCUUUACAGGGAGAAGAGAAGAUUGGCUGCACAUCCGUUGGAGUCCAUGUGCUAUGCAAAAACAAAUCCACUUUAUCAGAAACUCGUCAAUGGAUAUUGCACAGAUACUGUUGAAGUGCUUGGAAUACCAAAUGUCGAUGUGGUGAGUCCAGCAGAGGCUCUCCUCAGUGAGGGAUCGUUUCAAGUCCUCAAGACAUUCGUUGAUCAUCUGUUUCAUCAGAUGGGAUUGACUGCUACCCUGAGAAAACCCAAUGCUGUUUUAAUGUUCUGUGAACCUUUGGCGAUGCAUCCUGUUCUUCGAAAACAGCUGCUGCAUUAUUUGUUUCAAGAAGUCAAGGUUGCCAGGGUGUGUUUGGUACCCAAACCACUGGCUGCGUGUGCCAUGCUUGAUGUUGAGACCUGUGUGGUGGUGGACAGUGGGGCGUUGAGUACGACUGUUGCUGUGGUUAUUGGGGGGAGGGUGAUGCCCCAUCGGUGGAGACUUUUACCUGUUGGGGGGUGGCAUGUGGCUUAUCAUCUCAAGCAAGCCAUGCACUGGCAGCCCAAGGAGUAUCAUCAGAUACCGAUCUCUCAUCUCGAUACGAUGGCUGUCAAGGAACGGUGUCGGUUGAGCUAUAAUAUCGAGAAUGAGGACAUGAAACGGGGACCUGUUAAACGGGAGCAUAUCAAUCUUAGGGUUGAUAGCUAUGCGGAUUAUAAACAAUUUUGGAAAGUUUCCUUGGGACCAGAGCUCUACAUAGCCCCAGAGAUGAUGUACAUCAGUCUGGGCCUUCCUCAGAUAAUAAAAGACGUAACAGCAGGACUCAGUGAAGAUCUCAUUCAGGAUUGUCUCUCGCAUAUUCUUCUGACCGGUGGCAAUACCGACCUGUCUGGCUUUGCACUCAGGCUUCGAAAAGAUCUUCGUGAAGUAUUACCGGAGUAUGGAUCAAUACUUGAAGUACGAAGUUGCCCUGGUACACACAGUUGGAACGUUGCCAUGGGAUCCACGUAUGUGCCACUGGCCGUUCACCCCGAUAAAACACCACCGGAAUAUGUCGAGGGCAAUCCCUUCUGGUUAUCUAGAGAGGAAUAUGUUCUCUUUGGAUGUCAAUCGCUGGAGUAAAGAGUGAAGUAGCUGGUGAUUAUCAUAAUUAAGAAAGAAAUUAAAUCCUGUUACUAACUGAUGAAGAACAGGCUAUGAAUUAGAGAAUUCAUUCAAAUUCGCUAGAAAAUUCUAUUCAACUUCUAUUCAAAAUUCAAUAAGUUUAUCGUCGAUUUUAUUGAAAAAUUCUGCAACUCUUCUGUGCGUUUUUCCUAAAUGAAAUGUUCAAUAGAAAUUAUUGUGUGGAAAAAAUCAUCAGAUUUAGAAAUUUCUAUAUUAGUUAUUCUAUUGCGAUAUUUUCUGUAGUAAUUCUUUGGCACAUAUUUUCCAAACUUUUUCGCUGUAUUUUUUCUUUUUCUCAUUAAGGGCCGGCCGCAUCAGAAUAUAUAUAAUCAAAGGGAUUCCUAUAGAGAAUAUCUUCAUAGAGUAAAUUAUUUAAAGAGUUCAAAAUCUGCUAAUAUUUUCUAUUAAACAUUUAUCCAUUUUUAAGGAGAAAUCGCGAUGAAAUUUGAUAGUUUGGGGAUUGUCUAUACCAUGCUGAUAAUUUUACUACUUAUUUUUUAUAUUUCAACAAUGAGAAAAAAUCCAGUUUUUAUUUUAUUUUUUCAUUGACGACAUGUGGCUGUACAGGCAUUUUGAGUACCACACAUAUGAAAAAAUCGUAUAGAAGUUUUCUAUACGGAUUGCGUGUAGAAAUUCUGUAAGAUUUCCGUAUAUGAU